AUGGCUGAUGUGACUCCCCCAGCAAGUCAGAUGAAUCGCACGCUAGCCUUCAGCAACGACCCCUACAGCACCACCAGCCUACAUCAUAGCCUUGAUCCGACGUACUCGGACAGUGAUGGUAUGCAGUACUUCGAUUUUGACGCGUUUGGCAACGACGCCCACUCUCAGCGUCAAGCAUCGCAGUACGAUGGCCAUCACGCUCCUGAUGUCGAUACUUCCACGGAGUAUGGGGCUUUCGACGAGACAGCUUAUCCUUUAGAGCCGCCCAUGUACGACAAAGACUACGACUACGCUGAAGAGGUAAUGGCGCACGACCAACCUACUGCGCCAGAGGAUGGAGAGACUCUGGAGCAGGACGUCUCGGAUGACGAAGACGGGGCUGCUCUCCGCGCUGCUCUUGCCAACUACCGCAAUGACAACCCAAUGCGGUCUCGUCUCAUUCCAAACCCGCCAGAGAACCUUGACCAAGAGUUUGCUCAUCCUGAAGAAAUCACCCAAUCGGGACGUUCGGCUGACUUGACGACGGUCACUGGCGACGAAAAGUGGCACGUCGACAAAGAAUCGGCGGAAUUCCUGGCGUCUGUCAUGAAGCUCAUCUCCGACCACGACCUUGGAGAGGCCAUUCAGCGCUCCACCCGCAAUCCGCUGCGUGAGCUGAAGCUAGAGGAGCCUAUCCUGAAAAGCGACCCACAGAUGGAGCUGAUCAAGCUGAUCGAGCGCAACGAGGUGCACUUGGCAAGUGAAGGCAUUGACGGAUGUGCACUGGAUGACGAGAAAGACGAGGGCUUGAGAUGGCCUGAGAAAGUACGCCAGCUGCCUGGGACGCUGCAUGGCGAAAUCAUGAAAGCGAAGCUCGAGAUCGACGCAGAGACGAUGGAAUACCUUUGCGACAUUCACGAGGAGCCGAAGGUCGACCUUGACGACUGGUUUAAGCAGGAUCGCGAAAAGAGAGAUGACUUCGCUGCGAGUCCCUCAUCACCACAUCGGCGUCAGUCCAAGAGAGCCAACGAUCUGAAAGUCUCCAGCCCGUUACUGCCUCUCGAACAGUCUGAGGAGCCACCAUCCAAGAAAGUAAAGAUGGUCUGCUUUUCUGACGAGCUUGAGACACUGAUACCUAAGCUUUCCGACGACGAUAUGAUCGACAUGCACGAAGUCGUCGACGAGGUCUCUGCUGCGCUUGGACCUGCCAUCGAGCGAGCAGACAAGUCAGUACAACAGCGAAUGCUCAAUGAAGGCCUGGUGGAGAUAGAUACUACGCUCAGGAUACCGGUCCCUGCCAUCGAAGAUGAACGCCCAACUCCGCCCUGUGAGAUCUAUGCAGCCGGCGAAGGCGACUCACAACGCCGUCUCAUUCACGAAACUUAUGACAGCCUCCCACGCUCUGAAAUCAAGUGGAGCGGUUCAUCAAAGUCGGAGCAAGCACUUCAAUGGGGACCUUUCCCUCUCCACCUAGGCAAACCCAAGCCUGAAGGUGACUUUGACGACGGAUCAUUGGCUAGAUACAUGUCAGAGCUUGACCUCAUUGGCGAUGUGGAUCUCGAACGUUUGACUUGGAAGCCUGAUGGUCUGCGGGUGCUGGACAUCGACGAGGUUGAAGACGACGAGCUGGACACUGCGGAUUUUGAAGGCGAAGUGGACAUACCGAACGACGAAGCCGUUGUGCGUCUGCCUUCUGUGAUCACCAUUCCGCCUCCGGCUCCGUCUCUUCGUAGUGUCGCGCCAGCUACAACCAAAGAUCGGCCACACCAUUCUCAAGAUUGGUCAUCGAUGGAUGCGCUCCUGCAAAAGCGAAAGUUACAAAUGCAAGACGGCAAGAAGACUACCAGGGAAGAGAGCGGCCUGGAUAUGUUCGCCAGAGUACAGGGCUUUGCGAACGCUGUCGCCGAGACCACGACCAGUGAACUUCUGUCUAAUCUGCAGAAACCUCAGCCAUCCGCAAGGACGCCGGAUGCUGUUGAAGCAGCCUUCGCCAACCCUACAGAUACCAGCUACGAAGUGACAUUUCCAGCUCCAGCUCCCGAUUUCCAGGUAUCGGCAGAUCCAUUGCAGGUCGUCAUAUCGUUCAACUUGAUGCAGAACCAUCAAUUCGUGCGAAGGCUUCAGAAGAUGCUACCAGCUAUCGACUUGAUCGAGAGAGACUACACGGCGUUGCCAUCAGAGACUUCAAAGCAAUCCACUCACGGCAGAUCCAGUUUAGAAGCAGAUAUUACAAUAUCGCCCAGUACUGGUCUCAUGUUCACGAAUCUGCAGAAACUCCAGCAGAAGCCUCUCCCCGGACAGACGAGCUCAUUUGGGAUCCAGGAGCAGAUCGCCGUCGUUGCCACUCGUUUCGAAAGACUCAUCGUACUUGUGGGCGACAGGCCAACGAUGGACGACGGUCAAGCUCCGCUACACAUGAUGGAUGCCAACGAUUCUGCCGCCAUUGCAGACCUGAUCAACCAGACGACCGUCCUGGAGACUGACGUUGAGGUCGUCUACGUUGCCGGUGGGAUCGACAAUCUGGCCAGGUGGGCAGCAGCAACAAUCUCUCGUAAUGUCGUUGGUGACCAUAGGCUUCUUCGAGAGGAGACGCUCUGGGAACGCUUCCUUCGCAAGGCAGGCAUGAACGCACAUGCGGCGCAGGCUGUACUCGCAGCAAUGCAGCCUGCGCCGUCUGCAUCAAUCCCAGCGAGCGACAGCUCGCACACUGCAUCAUCAGCAACCACCAUCAACUCUGGGCUUGCCAAAUUUGUAGCACUAGGUCCCGAAGACCGAAUCCAGCGCUUUGGACCGAUGAUGGGAGGCGAUCGAGUCCUUCGACGAAUCAACCGAGUACUAGACGCAGGAUGGAUGUCCUUGUCCUAA